AAAGAGGUUUGAACACAUGACGGCGUGCGCCCCGAAAGUUGAGAUGCCGUAGAAACGUUCAACGCCACGAGUAACCCAGCCUACCACCAUUGAAGACGAUAACAUAACCUGAGUUUGUUGGCAAAAUAAGCUCAAGGAGCAGGGCGGGGGAAAAACGAAAAAGCUUCAACAACACGCGCGGGCGCGGGAAUUACGUCCCGUUCACUGCAUCCGAUCCUGACCAUCGCCGCCUUCCUCCCGCGUGCCGCGUGCGCUCUCCUCCACCGCUCCACCUGCCUCGAUCCGCCCCGCCACCUAACCAACAAAAACCGCCUUCAACUCCAAGCUCCCGGCAGACACCUCCAAAACAGAACCCCGCCGCGCUUGUCUGCACGCAACUCGACCGCCUCCGAACCCCCGAUCCUCCUCCCGACAGCGAUGGAAGUGAAGCCGCACACGGCACGGGUCCUGGUGGGCCGCCUGCGCGGCGCCGUCGCCACGCUCGACGGAGCAGCGGCGGCGGCGGCGGUGUCCGAGAUCCGCCUCGUCUCCAAGACGGACCCCGAGAUCCGUGCGCCGCUGGCGGACGCCGGCGCGGUGCCCCUCCUCGCCGCGCAGCUGCAGCACGCGUCGCCCGCGGCCGUGGACGCGGCGGCCGCGCUCCUCAACAUCUCCAUCUCGGCGCGGGACCAGGUGGCGUCGGCUCCGGGGGUGCUGGACGCGCUGACGUCCGCGCUGCGGUCCGGCGACGCCGCGCACCACGCGGCGGCCGUGGUCCACAGCCUCCUCUGCGGCGGCGCCGGCGCCGGCGGGGAGGCGAACCGCGCGGCGGUGUGCGCGCGCCGGCCGCUGCUGUCGGCGCUGGUGGCCCUGCUCCGCGCCCCGCCCAGCACGCGCGCCACCAAGGACGCGCUCAAGGCGCUCUUCGGCGUGGCGCUCUACCCGCCCAGCCGCGCCACGCUGGUGUCGCUGGGCGUCGUGCAGGCGCUCUUCGCGCUGGUGAUGACGGACGCGCGGAACGGCAUCGUGGAGGACGCCACCGCCGUCGUCGCGCAGGUGGCCGGGUGCGCCGAGAGCCUCGAGGCGUUCCGCUGGGUGUCCGGGGUGCGCAUCCUCCUCGACUUCGUCGAGCCGGGCGGCGCCGCCACGCCCAGGCAAAGGGAGAACGCCGCCGCCGCGCUGCUCAACCUCGUCGUCGCUGGCGGCGAGGCGGCUGCGGCCGAGGUGGUUGCCGUCGGGGGUGCUGAGGAGACCGUAAGGGAGUUCGCCGAGGAUAGCGCCGCUACCCCCCGUGGGAAGGCCAAGGCCGAGGCGCUGCUGCGCGCGCUCGAGGGCGCCGGUCCCGCCGCCAGGAGGCGCGAGCACCGGCUCUCCGAUUUCCUCGACGGCCUCGUCCAGUCCGAUCCGUACAUCUCGUCGCCGGCGUCGGCGUCCACGCACGGCUAGUCAAAGGCUGAUCUGGUUUGAGUUUGCUUUGAUGACCGUGCACUUCCUCUUCCAGUCUUCUUUGUACAAAAAACAAUAGCAUCGUUUGUAGUUCUAGUGUAGAUUGGCUAAAAAGAUAUACAUAGUCUAAUGCAUUUGUUGAUUCAUGUGAAUACUGCCUGCACUGUGUGUCGUCAAGUUUGUGCAAGAUUUGCUCAAACUACUCCGCCUGCAUUCAAACCUUCAAACCGAGUCAUAAAAUUUUGGAUCCUCA